AUGGCGUCCAUCUGCAUGCGAUCCGGUCGUGUGCAAUCCGCCCUCCGCAAUGUCAGGAGCAACACCGCGACCGUCCGCCCGAGACUCCCUGGAAAUGCCACUCGACGUCAUGCCUCGACCGGCGCCGGCUCCUCGACCGAAUCCCAGGCCGGCUCGGGCCUGAAGACCGGUCUCUACGGCGUUGCCCUCGCAGGCUCCCUCUACCUUUCCUACCUCUACGUCACCGACACGCGAGCCUCGAUCCACUCCCUGUCGCCCAUGAUGAUGCGCCUCAUCUGGAGCGACGCCGAAGACGCCCACCACGCCGGCACAAGCAUGAUGAAGACGCUCUACGACCUGGGCCUGCACAUCCGUGAGCGCGACAGGACCCUCGCCGAGCACCCCGCCCUCGCCACCGAGGUCUACGGCAUGAAGCUCUCGAACCCCAUCGGCAUCAGCGCCGGCCUUGACAAGCACGCCGACAUCCCCGACGCACUCUUCGCCCUUGGCGCCGGCAUCGUCGAGGUCGGUGGUUGCACGCCUCGCCCACAAGACGGCAACCCCCGCCCGCGCGUCUUCCGCGUCCCGACCCUCGACGGCAUGAUCAACCGGUACGGCCUCAACUCGCGGGGUGCCGACAGCAUGGCGAUUACGCUGAGGGAGCGCGUGCGCAAGUUCGCCCGCAAGGUCGGCGCCACGGAGCAGGAGGUCCUCGAUGGCGAGGCCGGUGUCCCUGCGGGCAGUCUGCUACCCGGCCGCCUGCUGGCCGUGCAGAUUGCCAAGAACAAGGAGACGGACCAGAAGGACGUCAACGCUGUGGCCAAGGACUACGUCUACUGCGUGCAGCGCCUCGCGAGAUACGCCGAUAUCCUGGUCGUCAACGUCAGCAGUCCCAACACCCCUGGUCUCCGUGACCUGCAGGCUACCGAGCCCCUUACACAGUUGCUGAGCGCCGUGGUUGAGGAGGCCGCCAAGGUGGACCGCAAGGUUCGCCCCAAGGUCAUGGUCAAGGUUUCCCCCGACGAAGAGGAAGAUGCCCAGGUUGAGGGAAUCGUCCAGGCUGUCUGCAACAGCGGCGUCGACGGCGUCAUCGUCGGCAACACCACCAACCGCCGCACUGGCAUCGUCCCCGCGGGCGUCAAGCUCACGGCUAAGGAGCAGAAGGCACUGCAGGAGACGGGCGGAUACUCGGGCCCUGCCAUGUACAACAGGACGCUGGAGCUGGUCAAGAGAUACCGCAAGAAGCUUGAUGCCCAGGCCUUGCAGAGCGGCUCGGCUGAGGAGGCGGCGGCCAUUCCCUCUGUUGAUGGCAGCCUGUCCGGCAAGGUUCACGACCUGAUUGAGAGCAAAGACACCCCGAGAAAGGUUAUCUUCGCGACGGGCGGUAUCACGAACGGAGAGCAGGCGUUGAAGAUCCUGAAUGCUGGGGCAAGCGUGGCCAUGGUGUACACAGGCUUGACCUACGGCGGACCAGGAACGAUCACCAGGAUAAAGAGAGAGAUUAAGGACCAGGCGUAG